GGUCUCGAAUUUGCGAGGCAAUUAGGGUUUAUGGCAGCGCCAAGGAUCUACGCGCUUGCAAGGCGCUCCACGCGCGGCUGGAGCGCCUCCUCGGGGAUAGCUACCGCGGCAAUCGCGUUCUCCACACGAUGCUCGUCCAGAUGUAUGGCAAAUGCGGCAGCAUCGCCGACGCUAGGGCCGUGUUCGAUGGGAUCCAGCAGCAGGCGCUUACGCCGUCGUGGAAUGUGAUGAUCGCAGCAUACGCCCAGAAUGGGGAUUUUCUCGAGGCGCGCCGGCUCUUCGAUCGCGCGCCGCGCAGGGAUGUCUUCACCUGGACGACGCUGAUGCACGGCGCCGCGCAGCACGAAGGGAUCGCUAGCGCCAGGGGGAUCUUUCGCCUCAUGCCCGGGAGAACGGCCGUGUCAUGGAAUUCCAUGAUUGCUGCAAAUGCCGUGAAUGGGGAUCUUUCCGAGGCGGCUGCGUGCUUCAAGAACUCGCCCGAGCGAUCGCUCUCGUCCUGGAAUUCCAUCUUCCAGGCCUAUCUCCACAGCGGCGAGCUGGAUCGAGCAAAGCCCACAUUCGAUCGAUCGCCCGGGCACGAUUGCCUCUCGUGGAACGCGCUCCUGGCAGGGCUUAUACGGCAAGGCCACACUGCCGAGGCGCGGAACGUGUACGGCGCCAUGCCCGAGACGAACGUGGUGUCCUGUGCGGCGAUCAUCCAAGGCUACUCCCAAGACGGAGCUCCCGAGCUCGCGAAGAGAGUGUUCGAUGAGUUCUCUGGGCGAGACGUGGUGCUGUGGACUUCGAUGUUCUUGGCGUAUGCCGAGAAUGGGUAUUUGGAAGUGGCCAGAGCGAUGUAUGACCGGAUUCCUCUCUGGGACGUGAUCUCUUCGACUGCCAUGGUUGGGAUCUUUGCUCACGGUGGCCAGCUCGAGGAGGCAAAGCUUGUCUUUGAUCAGAUGCCUCGGCAUAGCGUGGUAUCGUGGAACUCGAUGAUGGCCGCAUAUGCCCAGAAGGGUCAUACUGAAAAGGCAGUGGAGAUCUUCCAUGCCAUGCCCGUGCGUGAUGUUUCGUCUUACAAUGGGCUCAUUGCGGCGUAUGCGCAGAACAGAGACGUCGAGAACGUCCAGGCGGUGUUUGACAAGAUGGUGACACGGGAUAUUGUUUCGUGGGAUGCGCUUCUGGGAGCUUUUAUGCAGGACAAGGAGCUGGAGAAAGCAAGCUCUACGUUCAAGCUCUUGCCGAAACGAAGUGUUUCCUCGUGGAACGCUGUUUUCAUGGCUUUCGCGCAGAAUGGGACGCUGGAAGAGGCUAGAAGUCUCUUCAUUUUGAUGCCGCAGAAGGAUGUAGUGACUUGGAACGCGAUGAUCACUGCGAGCUCGCAUCACGGGGAGCUCUCGGAGGCGGAGCUCUUGUUCCGGAGGUGUCCCGAGAGAGAUUCGGUCACUUGGAGCUCGAUGAUAGCGGCAUUUUCACAGAACAAGUUUCUCGACAAGGCGGUCGAGGCUUACGAAGCCAUGCCAGAGAAGACGGUCCACGCUUGCAACUCGAUGCUGGGGGCCUUCAUGCAGCACGGGAAGCUGCAAGAAACCAAGGACGCAUUCGACCGCUUGCCAGUGCGAGACGUUAUCUCGUGGAACUCCGUGAUCGCAAUGCACGUCCAAAAGGGCGAUUGCGCUCAGCAGGCUUUCGAGCUCUUCCACACCAUGCACUUGGAUGGAUGCUUGCCGGACGCCAUCACUUUCGUCAUAGUUCUCAGCCUGUGCAACCAUUACGGCCUGCUCGACCAGGCUUGCUGCUACUUCGUGUCACGAAGUAGUGAUUUUGGCGUCGUGGCGGUUCGAGAGCACUACUGCUGCCUGGCCGAUACGCUCGGGCGAGCCGGGCGGCUUGGCGACGCCGAGGAGCUCGUCAAAAUCAUGCCUUUCGUGCCAAACUCGGUGGCUUGGGGGACUUUGCUGGGAGCUUGCAGGCUUCACCUUGAUCCAAGUCGAGGCACACGGAUGGCGGAGAAUGCGUUUGAGUUUACUGACCGGAGCAAAACCUCGUCGCCGUUUAUGGUGCUGGCCAACAUGUACUUUGCAGCUCCGUGAGAUCUUUUUGCUCUCGCUGAUACGUUUUUGUUUUUCUUCUUCGUUACUGCCAGGUGGAUGGGCUUGGACAUACCAAAACAGGUCCGUUCAAUCCAAACGCAUGGGUCCGUCUCUCCGUCGGUGAGUCUGUUUUGUUUUGGACAGCUUCUCUGCAACUUGGAGGGAUUGACGAACUCGGCCUCUUAAUGCAAAGUGAGCUUCUGUCUAGAACCUUCUCGACACCUCGCGGAUCACAAGCAUGGCUUUUUUGGCAGGAGGGGAGGAUAAAACCUCUGGGAUCUUUGCUUCCAGGCCUGGGACACGGUCCAAGCCGCGGCUCUUGGCUAAAAGGGUGAGCCAUCCAGCUCUAAAUUGCUGGAGCUGCGUUGGGACAAGAGACCAGCGUUUAAGAGCACCAUGACUGUGAGCGGCAUGCGAGAAGGAUCUUCUUCCUGCGUUUUUAGAGCACUGGCGGUACAGGACAAUGGAGCAUGCGAAUUUGCGGUGGCAGCCGCAUAUUCCAGCUCUUUUGUGUGGCCUACACUGCGCCAACCACGCCUUCCAUCGUCACAUACCACCACUCGAGCAAUCGCCGGAAAUUUUCUAGUUUUCUCCUCUCAGCGGCGGUGAAAGAGGUCCUUUGGAAGAUCGUGGGAAUCUCCCCUUCGUCCCCGGCCGAGUGAGAAGCGAAAAAAAGUACAGGGGAAUGAAGUAUAGACGUGCGCACGCACACGUUUGCGAGCACACGCCGAUGAGACGUCCACGUGGCGGGCUCGGCCGGCAUUCCCGCUCAGUGUCUCGCGGCCACCAAACAUGCCGUGUCCGUACGUAGGUCGUGACGUCAGCGUUGCGCAAACUCGUGAAGCUUACCUUUCCGUGCAUGUGUGCACGUAUUUGCUUCGUGGGGAUUGGAAAUUUUUUGUAGAGCUCAUGAACGCAAUCUUCUAUAAAAAUUUGAUCUUCCAGUU